UUGCUCUCCUCAAUCGCCUCGGUAGUCUACCAGGUCUACAUGCAGUCUUCAAAGUUCAAGCUCAGCAGUAACCUGGUAACGUUUAUUCUUCACACCUGUAGCUCUCGCUUCUGAGAUGAUGUAUCCUCUUCUUACUGAAGUCAGUUUAGUCUACUAAGUACUAGUUCACUCAUCCAGUGUAUCACCUGGUGUCUUGCACAGAGUUUUUUUCAUGAUGGCGAGUAAUCCCAAGUCUCAACCUGCAGCCGAGGCUAGUGCCAGUAGUGGUGGUGGUCCAGACCGGGUGAGACCGUUGCGAUUCCCUCAUUGUGAAGAAGUCACAAAAUAUGAAAAAGUAACGAAAGUUGGACAAGGAACGUUUGGGGAAGUAUGGAAGGCCAAAGACAGAGUGACGAAACUGCCAGUGGCGCUGAAGAAAGUUCUGAUGGAUAAUGAGAAGGAGGGAUUUCCUCUCACUGCUUUACGUGAAAUCAAGAUUCUGCAGAAGCUUGCCAACGAGAACGUUGUCAAGCUGAUCGAAAUUUGCCGUGGUCGACCUGCCCCAUACGCCAAGGGCACCCACAUCUACCUGGUAUUUGAGUUCUGCGAGCAUGACCUGGCCGGCCUGCUGAGCAAUCCGGCAGUCAAGUUUGCAUUGAGUGAGAUCAAGACCGUGAUGCAACAGCUGCUGAAUGGCGUGUUCUUCCUGCACAAGCAUCGCAUCUUGCAUCGUGACAUCAAGGCUGCCAACAUUCUCAUCACCAAGCACGGUUCUCUCAAGCUGGCCGACUUUGGUUUGGCCCGUGCGUUCAGCGUGAAUAACAAGGAAAAGAAUCGCUACACCAGCAGAGUUGUGACACUCUGGUACCGUCCACCGGAGCUGUUGCUGGGUGAGCGAAACUAUGGGCCACCGAUUGACAUGUGGGGCGUUGGCUGCAUCAUGGCCGAGAUGUGGACCCGUGCUCCCAUCCUGCAGGGACGUGCCGAGAUUCAUCAGCUGCAGCUGAUCAACUGCCUCUGCGGAACCAUUGAUCCAACCACCUACGCGGACUGUGAAGAGCUACCUCUCUAUGGGACUUUUGAGCUGAAGCCCGAGAAGCGCAAGAUCCGCGAUCGCCUUCGCAAUUAUGUUAAGGACCAGCAUUCCAUUGACUUGAUCGACAAGCUACUGGCUUUGGACCCGCAACAGCGCGUCGCAGCUGAUGAGGCACUCAACCACGACUUCUUCUGGUCCGACCCUCUGCCAACGCCACUGGGCCACUUGCUAUCUCAACAGACGACGUCCAAUUUUGAGUUUCUAGCGCCACGCCGUACCGGUGCUGGUGCCGUGGCCGCCUUGUCAGCUGCAAGCGGUGCUCCGCAGCCUGGUGCGCAGUCCAGAGCGGUAGCACGCACCAACUUGCAGAUGGGUGAUGACUUCAAUUCAUCCUCCUUUGAUCCCGUCUACUGAAGAACGCUGCUGCGCAAGCAUCGUCUCUCGAGGGCAGCCCUGUAGGAAUGCCCAGAGCAGCAGCUUACAUCACGCCCCCCCCCCCCCCUGUAUCAUAGUGUGCAGUGUGUCGUGUAAGUAACUAUCCUGGUUGGUGCUGCAGCAGUGCACAGAAAGCAUGUGUAAGUUUUUUUUGUAUAUAUGUAUAGUUUGUAGAUAUUAUGUCAGUAGCCAGUCCCUGCAGUGUGUGUACUGUGUCGGGUACCUACUUUUUUUGUUUGAUUUGCUCUGCGUGUGUGUGUGUAUAUGUGUGUAUAUGUGUGCAUCCGCUAUAUUAUCUGUCUAUUGUCGGUUCGACGUUUCUGUGUGUAUUUCAGCUUUAUUCUCCCUUCCGGUCUCCCAGUCUUAAUUUACUUUCAGCUGAGCGUGUGCCAGCAUUUGUACAGGGGUGUUUGUGCCUAGCGCCUACUGUGUGCAUACUUCUCAGCUGAGCUGUUUUAUCAGGGAGAACUAGACACACUCUUAUGUUUGUUUUAGUUCUCCCCCUUUUUUUAAAUCUGUACGUAUAGGUAUGAUUUACUGCACGAGUACAAGUGAGUACAAGGGCAAUACCGGCUGAUACAUGACCGAACGGCGUCAGCCGUGAGGUCAUAUAUCAAGCCGGUAUUGCCCGCGUACGAGUGAGUACGAGGCGCAGUAAAUCGUGUAUUGCUUGCUUGACUCAAACAUUCCAGAAAAUGGAGAGAAACCUUUCCGACUUUCUCAGUCUCCCGACACACUUGUUUAGUGGUAAACGUCGUUCGUGGUUUUGAAAUUCUCUAUUUCUUUCCGAUA